UCUGUUAUUUAGAAAUCGCAGCAUGCAAGUUCUUAGUUACAUUUGUUUUGUUGUGACGUUUUGCUUUCUGCUCCUAAACCCUAGCCAUGGUCUGAAUCUGAAAUCAUUAAAUUAUUCCAAAGUUAAAAACGAUAAUGAAUGGAAUGUAGGAGCAGCUACAUGGUACGGAGAAGCAGAGGGUGCUGGAUCUGAUGGUGGUGCUUGUGGAUAUGGUGAGAGUGUGGAGAAACCUCCACUCUCUAAAAUGAUAUCAGCUGGAGGUUCUUCUCUUUUUAGUGGAGGCAGAGGAUGUGGAGCUUGUUAUCAGGUGAAAUGCACUAAAUACCCAGCUUGUUCGGGAAAUCCAGUGAGUGUGAUGAUAAGUGAUGAAUGCCCUGACUGUCACUUAGCAUCAGUCCAUUUUGAUCUCAGUGGCACUGCACUUGGUUCCAUGGCAUCUCCAGGAAAAGCAAACAAUCUUCGUAACGUUGGACAGCUUCAAAUUCUAUACAAAAGGGUUGCAUGCUCCUUCGGGAACUCCAUAGCCUUUACCAUCGACGAAGGGGCGAACCCAUACUAUUUUGCAGCUGAAAUAGAAUACGAAAAUGGGGAUGGUGACCUUGUGGAGGUUCAGGUGAAGCAAGCUAACUCUGACACGUGGCUUCCGAUGCGACGUUCAUGGGGUUCACGCUGGGCUUUGAACUUUGGUUCAGGGCUGAAACCACCGUUCUCCAUUAAGCUCACUGAAGAUGGCAACAACAACGGAAGGAACACCAUUGUCGCUCGUAAUGUAAUUCCAUCUCACUGGAAACCUGGUCAAGUUUAUCGAUCUGUUGUUAAUUUUUAAACUCUCUUUCACAUUUUCAGAUUCUCACAUA